AUGAUUGUUCUUAAUAAUUUUCCUAUAAAAACUGAUGUACUUGGAGAUAAAAAAGUUGAGACAAUUAUGAUCCCUUCCAAUAAAAGAGAAGUACCUGUUGUCAGCCCUCCUAAACCAGAUGACAACGGUCAUAAAACCCAACUAGGUAGAAACAUAGCCUUCUUACAAAAGCAGCAUGAGGCCAUGCUGAAAGGCUUGCAUCAAGAGAUUGAAUCCUUGAAAAAAAUUAAUAAAGACUUGCAAUAUCGUCUGGUGAUGUGUACAUGUUCUGCUGGCUGUUCUGAUGAUAAUUUACCACAAAAUAAAACCAAUGAGAACUCCCUAAAACAAGAAAUAUCGAUUUUGCGGGAAGAUCUUGAAAAUGAACGGAGGAAGAACGCACGUUUGAUGCAACAAUUAGAGGAAUUGCAAGUAUCCCAGAAUCCUGUUAGAGGACUUCCAAGAUUCGCAUGUAAAAAUGGACGAUUGUCGACAUAUUCAGAGCAGAAAAAUAUUUCAAAGAAUAAUGAAGUGUUCCAGGGUUUAAAUAAAAGUCAAAUUCACCAUGAUAAUAGUGAAUUCUUAAAAGGAUGUCAGGAUGUCCCAAGUAAAAAUACCGAUUUCAUAACAGAUACAGUCACUGUAAAUAAUAAUUCGAUAGCACCUACAACUGGAACAUUAUCAGUCAAUAAACUUAUACCAACCACUUCUCAUUCAGUUCCGAAUAAAUCAUUAACAACUCUGAAUAUACCAGGAAAUAAUUUCUUGACAAAACGAAGUAUUCUUCAUUCGUAUGAUAAUGAACAUGUUUUUGAAAAACAAGAAGAGGAAAUAAUCGAAUCAAAUGAUGAAUUAAUCAAUACACACUUAUUACCAUUUCGAUUACCUGCAUUAAAUUUUAGAAAACCACUUAUUCAAGCUUCACUCAAUAAUGAACAACAUAAAAUAAAUACAAACAAUAUAAAGUAUUCACCUACACGUGGUUCAUUAAAGAAUGAAAAAAUAUUCAAUAGCGAAUUAAAAACAACUCGUCCAAUAAAAAGUGCCACAGGAUACAAUAAUCACUCAACUACAUCAUUGGAAGCAUCCAUUAAUAAUCUGCAAACUAAAUCGUUUGAUUCAAAAACCUCAAAUGAUCAUUAUCAACAAUUACAUGAUUUAAAUUUAAGAAAAGUUACACAAGCUUAUUCAAUUGGAUUAAAACCAUUUCUACCGUCAUUAACAAAACCAGCAGAUGUAAUGAUGAAUCGUCAAAAUGAUCGUCAUCAAAAGAAAUCUACGAAAAGCUUACAGCGUAAGCGUGCACAACAAAAUAUUUAUCCAUUUUAA